AUGCAAGGUGCUGUUGAAUCUCUAUAUAUUGGUGAAAUUAAACUUAGCUUUCGUCGUUAUUUGGUUGAACAUGGUGUGGGUCGUAGGUCUUGGGACCCAAAGUUGCAAUUAAUAAUAUGCAACUUAGAAGUUGUUACACGACCUCCAAUUAAAAGCUCUGAGAUAAAGAAGAAGAAACCUAAAAAAUCUAGUGGUCGAUCUUCUUCUGGCAAGGGAAAGGGAAAGUGGAAGACUAUAAGCAAAAUUGCACGAUAUCUGUCACUUUGUGUGACAAAUUUGGUUUUGAAGACACCUAAAUUUACUCUUGAGAUUGGGAAGUUGGAUGUGGACAUAUCUAUAGAUGCUGGAUCAGAGUCAGAUUUGCUAGUUAGGCUACAAAUACUACCCAUUGUUGUUAACAUUAAAGAGCCUCAAGUUAGUAAUCAAUUAUCAGAAUCUAGUGGUGGAGGAAGCAAUACUUCUACCCAAGAAUCUACUGCUUCUACAGAAAACUCUUCUGCAGAAAAGACAUGUGCUACUUUUAUCUGUGAAAAAUUCUCUGUCUCAUGUGUAGCUGGCCAUGAUGGGGAAAUAGGCAUAAUUAUAAAGAAUGUGAACAUUUCCAUUGGAGAUAUCACUGUGAAUUUGAAUGAGGGGUUGCUUGUGAAAAAGAGUUCAUCUGAAUCUUCUUCUGACUCCAAGAAAAAAAUAGGAUCAGAUGUUGAUCCUAGCAAAAAGCAACCUUCCAACAAGAGGGAAAAAAUUGUAGGCAUUAUUGCUAAGAUUCCUCAAAAGGUGAGUGUGACUUUUGUGCACCGUGAACGGAGUCUCUUAGCUGAAAAUAACAUCGGGGGCAUCCAAUUCAAAAGCGUCAAAUCGCUACCCGCAAAAGACAUUGGGGAGAGCACGCGUCUUCAUUUUCAACUCGAAUUUGGUGAAAUUAAUCUGUUUAAAGAAGUUGGUACUUCCUUACUGGAGAUACUGGGAAUAAAGUUGGCUUCUUUUGUAUAUAUUCCUGUACAGUCAGUUAAGCUUAUUAGAGCUGAAACAGACAUUAAGAUUGGGCGUUUACAAUGCAACAUCGUAAUGAACAGAAUAAAACCUUGGUUGCUCCUAAAACCACCUCCGAAGAAAAAAAUGGUUAUCCGAGAAGAAGCUCCUGUUGUAAAACCAAAAUCAACUGAUGAUAGUAAGGUCAUCGCGUGGACAUGUAAUUUGUCGACUUCGGAGUUCACAAUAAUGCUUUUCAAUAUGGCUGGUUCUUCACUAUAUCAUGGUUGCUUACAAUCAACACAUGUAUCUGCAAACAACACUUCGAAGAUGGGAACUACAGUGCAUGCUGAACUUGGUCCAUUAAACCUCAAAAUGGCUAAUGAAAACCAAGAAUGCUUGGAAGAAAGCAUUUUUGGUGCUGAAUGCAAGUCUGCCUCCAUUUUGCACAUUGCAAAGGUGACUGUCGAUUGGGGCAAAAAGGACAUUAAAUCCUCUGAAAAAGAUGCUCCUAAGUGUGUGCUAAUUUUAUCAGCUGUUGUGAGUGGCAUGGGAAUUUAUCUAAGUUUUGAGCGUGUAGAAUCAUUCGUAUCAACAGCAAUAUCCUUUCAAGUUCUAUUUAAAAGCCUUUCUGGUCCAAAGAAAAAAACCACACAGACCCGGACGCAUUCAUCAAAAAGUUCUGGAAAGGGAACUCAAAUGAUGAAAUUCGGUCUUGAACAGUGUUCAGUGUAUGUAUUGGGGGAAACUGGAAUAGAAAACGCAGUUGUUCCAGAUCCCAAGAGAGUUAAUUAUGGUUCUCAGGGUGGUAGAGUUAUAAUAAGUGUGUCAGCAGAUGGUACCCCUCGCACUGCAAAUGUAAUCUCCACUGUUUCCACUGAGUACCAGAAGCUGAAGUACUGUAUUUCUCUUCAAAUCAUAAAUUUGAAGUUGAGUGUGAACAAGGAAAAAAGAUCCAAACAGGUAGAACUUGAAAAGGCCAUAUCUAUCUAUCAGGAAUAUUAUGAUGAAACUAGGCCAGUAUCAAAGGUGGCAUUAUUUGACAUACAAAAUAUAAAAUUUGUACAACGUUUAGGUGGCAUUAAAGAAAAUGCUGCAUGUUCUCUUUUCAGUGCCAGAGAGAUUAAUUUGAAGUGGGAGCCUGAUGUACAUCUAUCACUAAUUGAACUGGUUUUGCAGCUAAAAUUAGCAUUACACAAUUCGAAGCUUCGGGAGCGUGGUAGUGAACAAGUUCAAGAUGGCGUGCCUGAUGAAAAAGAUUCUAAUAAGAAAAAUGAAAUUCCGGUUCCAUCAGGACAUUCUGAAAAGAAGAAAGAUUCUGUUUUUGCUGUUGAUGUAGAAAUGUUGAAUAUAGCUGCUGAGCUAGGAGAUGGAGUUGAUGUUAUGGUUCAGGUGCAGUCAAUUUUCUCUGAGAAUGCUCGUAUAGGAGUGCUCCUUGAAGGACUCUUGUUUAAUUUUAAUGGGGUCAGAAUCGUCAAGAGUAGCCGGAUGCAACUUUCACGAAUUCCUAGUAAAUCUGCUGCUGGUGCAUCUGAUGCAAAAGGACCUACAAUAUGGGAUUGGGUAAUUCAAGGUCUUCAUGUUCACAUUUGUAUGCCAUACAGAUUGCAAUUGCGUGCUAUUGAUGAUGCUUUAGAGGACAUGUUGCGUGCAUUGAAGCUUAUUGUUGCUGCAAAGACCAACAUGAUUUUUCCUGUGAAGAAAGACAGUUCUAAAGCUAAAAAGCCUAGUUCAGUAAAAUUUGGAUGUGUGAAGUUUUUCCUACGCAAGUUAACUUUUGAUAUUGAAGAGGAACCAAUCCAGGGAUGGCUUGAUGAACACUAUCAACUAUUGAAGAAGGAGGUUGGUGAAGUAGCUGUUCGGGUAGACUUCUUAGAUGAGCUUAUAUCCAAGGCUAAGCAAGAUCCAAACUCUACUGAUGACACCAAUAAUUCUCCUGAAGAAAAAAAAGUUUAUUUCAAUGAUGUUGAGGUUGAUAUAAACAAUCCUUCAGAUCUUGAAAUAAUGCGAGAUGAAAUUUAUCAACGAGCAUUCCGAUCAUAUUACCAGUCAUGCCAAAACAUAGCGUUUUAUGAAGGAUCAGGUGGUUAUAAAGAUGAUGAACUUCAAGAUGGUUUCAAACUUAGUACAUCAAGGUCUUCUCUUCUUACAAUAGCUGCAGCAGACUUAGAUGUAACCUUGACAUUAAUUGAAGGUGGAGAAGAUGGGAUGAUUGAAGUUGUUAGGAAGCUUGAUCCUGUUGCUCUUGAAUUGGAGAUACCAUUUUCCAGACUGUAUGGAGCAAACAUUCUCUUAAACACUGCUUCUCUUGUGGCUCAAAUUCGAGAUUACACAUUUCCUCUUUUUGCUGGAACUUCUGGGAAAUGUGAAGGUCGUCUUGUGAUGGCUCAGCAGGUAAUAUGA